AUGGGCCCUAGCAUUCAUGAUCUGCAGCAUCCAACAGAAAGAUAUACUCAUAAGAAAGGCCAAAUGGGUAAGAUCAAGAAACAGAUGAACAGAUGGGUAGAUGAUUCAACAACCUUCAACUCAGCUCACAAUGGGCAAGUCUGCAGCACGUGGGGCCACUUCCACUACAAGACGUUUGAUGGGGACAUCUAUCAUUUCCCUGGGACCUGCAACUAUGUCUUUGCCUCUCAUUGCAACGCUGCCUUUGAGGACUUCAACAUCCAGAUCAGGCGCACAAUGGUGAAAGACAUUCCCACUAUCAGUUCUGUCACCAUGCGGUUGGAUGGGAUGGAUUUUGAAAUGCAAAAAGAUGCCAUUGUGGUGAAUGGUGAAAGGGUUCAGCUGCCUUACACUGGAUCAGGAUUCAGUAUUGAGAAAUUUACCAUCUAUGUGAAAGUGAUUGUCAAGCUGGGCCUAACCUUACUGUGGAAUGAAAAAGACAGUCUAAUGCUGGAACUUGAUACAAAAUAUGCCAAUCAGACCUGUGGACUUUGUGGGGAUUUUAAUGGCAUUCCAAAAUACAAUGAGUUCUUUUCAAACGGGGCUGAAAUAACUGCUUUGCAGUUUGGGAAUAUGCAGAAGCUGAAUGGGCCGACAGAAGAAUGUGAGGAUCCUAUACCGGUCUCUCUGAGCAACUGCACUGAUGAAUUUGAUCUUUGCCAGCAUGUACUGACUGGCUCUUCAUUCUUUCAAUGCAAUGCUGUGGUGGGAGUUAAUGACUACAUUGAGGCUUGUGUACAAGACCUGUGCCUCUGUGAACAAGAUGAUAUCACCUCCUGUCUCUGCGACACUUUUGCUGAAUAUUCCCGACAAUGUGCUCAUGCUGGUGGGGAACCUCAGAACUGGAGAAGCCCAGACCUGUGCCCAAUGGAAUGCUCUUCCAACAUGCAGUAUCAAGAAUGUGAAUCACCCUGUACAGACACUUGCUCCAACUCUGAAAGAUCUCAGCUGUGUGAGGACCACUGUGUGGAUGGUUGCUUCUGUCCACCAGGAACUGUAUAUGAUGACAUUGACAAUGCUGGCUGCAUCCCCCAUGAGCAGUGUUCCUGUGUUUACAAUGGAAAAUCCUAUGCUCCAGGAACAACUUAUUCAGACAACUGCCGUUCUUGUUCCUGUAUUGGGGGCCAAUGGAGCUGCACAGAACUCCCAUGUCCUGGCAUUUGCUCAGUAGAAGGUGGAUCACACAUCUCCACUUUUGAUGAAAAACGUUAUAAUGUCCAUGGAGACUGCGUUUACGUUCUUUCAAAGUUUUGUGGAGAAGAUACGUUUAGUGUUCUCGGAGAACUCCGCAAAUGUGGCCUUACAGAGACUGAGACAUGCUUGAAGAUGGUUGCCCUCAACAUAAAUGGAGACCAGACUACCAUUGUGAUCAGUCCUAAUGGUGGUGUAUUAGUCAACUCGCUCUACACUCAGCUGCCUCUCUCUGCAGCUAAUGUAACCAUGUUCAGACCUUCAACCUUCUUCAUCAUGGUGCAUACAAACUUUGGCCUUCAGCUAGCGAUCCAGCUCGUACCCACAAUGCAAUUGUAUAUUCAUGUGGAUCCAUCUUUCAAAGGAAGGACUUGUGGUCUCUGUGGAAACUUUGACAAGCGCCAGAUGGAUGACUUCACAGCCAUAAGUGGAGUGGUGGAAGGAACAGCAUCUGCAUUUGCCAACACCUGGAAAACUCAGGCUGGAUGUCCCAACAUCAAACAAAGUUUUGAGGACCCUUGCACGCUUAGCAUUGAAAAUGAAAAAUAUGCCCGUCAUUGGUGUGGAUUGCUGACUGACUCUGAAGGACCUUUUGCUGAAUGUCAUGCCUCAGUGAAUCCAGCUUCUUAUCAUACGAAUUGCAUGUUUGACUCCUGCAACUGUGAAAGAAGUGAGGAUUGCAUGUGUGCUGCCCUCUCUUCCUAUGUUAGAGCCUGUGCAGCUAAAAAAGUAGAGCUUCCAGGAUGGAGGACCAAUGUCUGUUCCAAAUACACCACUUCAUGCCCCAAAUCCCUGAAUUACAGCUAUUCCAUCAGUUCUUGUCAACCUACUUGCCGAUCUCUGAGUGAACCUGAUGUUACCUGCAAUGUCAAAUUUGUCCCAGUUGAUGGAUGCACUUGUGAAAGUGGAACCUACAUGGAUGAUUAUGGAAAAUGUGUACCUGCUAACAAAUGCCCAUGCUAUUACAAAGGGACGUCAAUACUCCCCAGUGAAGUGCUCCAUGAUGUUGGUGUUUUGUGCACAUGUAGCCAAGGAAAGUUGAACUGCAUUGGUGAUGGGGACACAAAACAGGUCUGUGUUGCCCCCAUGGUCUACUUUAACUGCAGAAAUGCCACUGCAGGCCAAACUGGAGCUGAAUGCCAGAAAAGCUGUCAGACUCUUGAUAUGCACUGUUACAGCACACAGUGUGUCUCUGGGUGCAUGUGCCCUGCUGGGCUGGUGUCAGAUGGUAAAGGGGGCUGCAUCGCUAUGGAAGAGUGUCCAUGCAUUCACAAUGAUGCCACAUAUCAGCCAGGAGAGAAGAUUAAAGUCAACUGUAACACCUGCGUAUGUAAGAACAGGAUGUGGGAAUGCACCAAGGACAGAUGCCUAGGUACCUGUGCUGUUUAUGGAGAUGGGCAUUAUAUCACCUUUGACGACAAGCGUUACAUUUUCAAUGGGAAAUGUGAAUAUACACUAGUUCAGGAUCACUGUGGACAGAACAACUCUGCCCCUGGAACAUUCCGAGUCAUCACCGAAAAUGUUCCCUGUGGUACUACUGGAACUACUUGCUCAAAAUCUAUUAAAGUCUUCUUUGGGAACUAUGAUCUGAUCCUCGGUGAGGAGCGCUAUGAAUUAAUACAAAGGGGUGAUGGAGGCCAAGUACCUUACAAGAUUCGCUACAUGGGCAUGUACUUGGUUAUUGAAGCCGACAAUGGGCUGAUCCUUUUAUGGGAUAAGAAAACCAGCAUAUUUAUCAAAUUACGUGAUGAUUUCAAGGGUCAGGUCUGUGGUUUAUGUGGGAACUAUGAUGGCAAUGGAAUGAAUGACUUCACUACCCGGAGUCAGUCUGUAGUAGGUGAUGUGUUGGAGUUUGGUAACAGUUGGAAGGUGUCUCCCACGUGUCCUGAAGCCAAAUGCACAAAGGAUCCUUGCUUCAAGAACCCUUACAGAAAGUCCUGGGCACAGAAGCAAUGCAGCAUCAUCAACAGCAAGGCCUUUGCUGCCUGCCACUCUCAGGUUGAACCGACGAGAUAUUACGAAGCUUGUGUAACUGAUUCCUGUGCUUGUGACACGGGGGGAGAUUGUGAAUGCUUCUGUACAGCUGUAGCUGCGUACGCUCAAGCAUGUAGUGAAUUUGGAGUGUGCAUAUCAUGGAGAACACCGUCAUUCUGUCCAAUGUUCUGUGACUAUUACAAUGCUGAACGAGAAUGUGAAUGGCACUACAAGCCUUGUGGAGCCCCAUGCAUGAAGACAUGCAGAAACCCGAGUGGGAGAUGCCAUUAUCAGUUGCCUGGCUUGGAAGGCUGCUACCCACACUGUCCAGCGGACAGGCCUUAUUUCAAUGAGGAUGAGAUGACUUGUGUUGAUGUGUGUGGCUGUUAUGAUGAUCAGGGUAACUAUCAUCCACUAGGAAAAACAUUUGACUCAAGAAAGACAUGUCAGUCAUGUACAUGCACCACUAAAGGCAUAGAGUGUAACUACGAUGCCAAAGCAUGCUACUGCUAUUAUGAAGGAAAGACAUAUAUCUACAAGGAUGUCAUCUACAACACGACAGAUGGCUUGGGCUGGUGCAUGACUGCAACCUGUGAUGUCAAUGGAACCAUCCACAGAGAACUAUUCAGAUGUGGUGGGACUACCACAAUACCACCUACAGUUUCAACUACAGCACCAAGUGAAGCAGAAACCACUACAGUGCAAACAACAGUAUGUGUCCAUAGAACAUGUGAAUGGACUGAAUGGUAUGAUGUCAGCUACCCUAAAUUUGGACGAGACAAUGGGGAUUAUGAAACACCAGAGAAAAUAAGAGAUAGAGGAAACAAAGUAUGUAAAAUGCCAGAUGAAGUAGAAUGCAGAGCUCAGCGCUUUCCUAAUGAAAAAAUAGAGACUCUCGGACAAAACGUACAGUGUUCCAAGUCUAAUGGUUUGAUAUGCCACAAUAAGGAUCAGAUACCACCAAUAUGCAUGAAUUAUGAAAUCAGGUUCCUAUGCUGUAUAUACACACCAUGUGGUGCAACAACACCCAUUACUUCAAGUAAGCCAGAAACAACUCCAGCAACACCAGAAAUAACAACAGGAUCCAGAACUACAUCUAAAGUGACAGGUGGCAUAACAACAACUCUGACACCCCUUGUUACCACUACGCCAGGAAGCACCACUACCGGUUGCCAACCCAAAUGCCAGUGGACCUCUUGGUUCAGUUUUCACACUCCAAGCUCCGACCCCGGGGAUGGCGAUCACGAGGACAUUAAGAGCAUCCAGGCAUCGGGGGGUACCAUCUGCGAGCACCCUGAAAAGGUGGAGUGCAGAGCAGUGGACUACCCAGACCUCAGCGCAUCUGAACUUGGACAGGACAUCCUGUGCGAUACCAACACUGGACUCCUUUGCGAGAAUGCCAAACAGAGAGGGAAGUACAAGAUCUGUUACGACUAUGAGAUGAGAGCACUGUGUUGCGACUACAAGCACUGUGAAACUACGCCAACGCCACUGGUCACAACAAGUGCCACCACCACAGAAGCCCCAGGUAGCACGGUGGGCAAGAGCACGGCUCCAGCAACUUCCACAGGCUCUACACCACCUCCCGUUGUCCACACCACCACCGAAAGCACCACCCUUGUUUCAACAACACCAGGAGUAACCACAGGAAAGCCAACAACCACAGAAGCACCAGGCAGCACGGCGGGCAAGAGCACAGCUCCAGCAACCUCCACGGGCUCUACGCUACCUCCCGUUGUAUUCACCACCACCGAAAGCACCACCCUUGUUUCAACAACACCAGGGGUAUCUACAGGAAAGCCAACCACCACCCACUCAACGCCGCUUUCCACCCUCCCUCUCACAACACCAGGCUCAGUCAGCACAGCAGCCGUCUCCACUGGAGUGGUCCCCACUGUGACAGCCACAACACUCCAGUCCACUCCUGUUUCCAAACCUUCCUCAACAAUACCCACCACCGGGACCACUGAACAAACCCCUCCAGGCCUGCUGACCACAACAACCACCCUGGCUCCCCUUGUUACCACUACGCCAGGAAGCACCACUACCGGUUGCCAACCCAAAUGCCAGUGGACCUCUUGGUUCAGUUUUCACACUCCAAGCUCCGACCCUGGGGAUGGCGAUCACGAGGACAUUAAAAGCAUCCAGGCAUCGGGGGGUACCAUCUGCGAGCACCCUGAAAAGGUGGAGUGCAGAGCAGUGGACUACCCAGACCUCAGCGCAUCUGAACUUGGACAGGACAUCCUGUGCGAUACCAACACUGGACUCCUUUGCGAGAAUGCCAAACAGAGAGGGAAGUACAAGAUCUGUUACGACUAUGAGAUGAGAGCACUGUGUUGCGACUACAAGCACUGUGAAACUACGCCAACGCCACUGGUCACAACAAGUGCCACCACCACAGAAGCCCCAGGUAGCACGGUGGGCAAGAGCACGGCUCCAGCAACUUCCACAGGCUCUACACCACCUCCCGUUGUCCACACCACCACCGAAAGCACCACCCUUGUUUCAACAACACCAGGAGUAACCACAGGAAAGCCAACAACCACAGAAGCACCAGGCAGCACGGCGGGCAAGAGCACAGCUCCAGCAACCUCCACGGGCUCUACGCUACCUCCCGUUGUAUUCACCACCACCGAAAGCACCACCCUUGUUUCAACAACACCAGGGGUAUCUACAGGAAAGCCAACCACCACCCACUCAACGCCGCUUUCCACCCUCCCUCUCACAACACCAGGCUCAGUCAGCACAGCAGCCGUCUCCACUGGAGUGGUCCCCACUGUGACAGCCACAACACUCCAGUCCACUCCUGUUUCCAAACCUUCCUCAACAAUACCCACCACCGGGACCACUGAACAAACCCCUCCAGGCCUGCUGACCACAACAACCACCCUGGCUCCCCUUGUUACCACUACGCCAGGAAGCACCACUACCGGUUGCCAACCCAAAUGCCAGUGGACCUCUUGGUUCAGUUUUCACACUCCAAGCUCCGACCCCGGGGAUGGCGAUCACGAGGACAUUAAGAGCAUCCAGGCAUCGGGGGGUACCAUCUGCGAGCACCCUGAAAAGGUGGAGUGCAGAGCAGUGGACUACCCAGACCUCAGCGCAUCUGAACUUGGACAGGACAUCCUGUGCGAUACCAACACUGGACUCCUUUGCGAGAAUGCCAAACAGAGAGGGAAGUACAAGAUCUGUUACGACUAUGAGAUGAGAGCACUGUGUUGCGACUACAAGCACUGUGAAACUACGCCAACGCCACUGGUCACAACAAGUGCCACCACCACAGAAGCCCCAGGUAGCACGGUGGGCAAGAGCACGGCUCCAGCAACUUCCACAGGCUCUACACCACCUCCCGUUGUCCACACCACCACCGAAAGCACCACCCUUGUUUCAACAACACCAGGAGUAACCACAGGAAAGCCAACAACCACAGAAGCACCAGGCAGCACGGCGGGCAAGAGCACAGCUCCAGCAACCUCCACGGGCUCUACGCUACCUCCCGUUGUAUUCACCACCACCGAAAGCACCACCCUUGUUUCAACAACACCAGGGGUAUCUACAGGAAAGCCAACCACCACCCACUCAACGCCGCUUUCCACCCUCCCUCUCACAACACCAGGCUCAGUCAGCACAGCAGCCGUCUCCACUGGAGUGGUCCCCACUGUGACAGCCACAACACUCCAGUCCACUCCUGUUUCCAAACCUUCCUCAACAAUACCCACCACCGGGACCACUGAACAAACCCCUCCAGGCCUGCUGACCACAACAACCACCCUGGCUCCCCUUGUUACCACUACGCCAGGAAGCACCACUACCGGUUGCCAACCCAAAUGCCAGUGGACCUCUUGGUUCAGUUUUCACACUCCAAGCUCCGACCCCGGGGAUGGCGAUCACGAGGACAUUAAGAGCAUCCAGGCAUCGGGGGGUACCAUCUGCGAGCACCCUGAAAAGGUGGAGUGCAGAGCAGUGGACUACCCAGACCUCAGCGCAUCUGAACUUGGACAGGACAUCCUGUGCGAUACCAACACUGGACUCCUUUGCGAGAAUGCCAAACAGAGAGGGAAGUACAAGAUCUGUUACGACUAUGAGAUGAGAGCACUGUGUUGCGACUACAAGCACUGUGAAACUACGCCAACGCCACUGGUCACAACAAGUGCCACCACCACAGAAGCCCCAGGUAGCACGGUGGGCAAGAGCACGGCUCCAGCAACUUCCACAGGCUCUACACCACCUCCCGUUGUCCACACCACCACCGAAAGCACCACCCUUGUUUCAACAACACCAGGAGUAACCACAGGAAAGCCAACAACCACAGAAGCACCAGGCAGCACGGCGGGCAAGAGCACAGCUCCAGCAACCUCCACGGGCUCUACGCUACCUCCCGUUGUAUUCACCACCACCGAAAGCACCACCCUUGUUUCAACAACACCAGGGGUAUCUACAGGAAAGCCAACCACCACCCACUCAACGCCGCUUUCCACCCUCCCUCUCACAACACCAGGCUCAGUCAGCACAGCAGCCGUCUCCACUGGAGUGGUCCCCACUGUGACAGCCACAACACUCCAGUCCACUCCUGUUUCCAAACCUUCCUCAACAAUACCCACCACCGGGACCACUGAACAAACCCCUCCAGGCCUGCUGACCACAACAACCACCCUGGCUCCCCUUGUUACCACUACGCCAGGAAGCACCACUACCGGUUGCCAACCCAAAUGCCAGUGGACCUCUUGGUUCAGUUUUCACACUCCAAGCUCCGACCCCGGGGAUGGCGAUCACGAGGACAUUAAGAGCAUCCAGGCAUCGGGGGGUACCAUCUGCGAGCACCCUGAAAAGGUGGAGUGCAGAGCAGUGGACUACCCAGACCUCAGCGCAUCUGAACUUGGACAGGACAUCCUGUGCGAUACCAACACUGGACUCCUUUGCGAGAAUGCCAAACAGAGAGGGAAGUACAAGAUCUGUUACGACUAUGAGAUGAGAGCACUGUGUUGCGACUACAAGCACUGUGAAACUACGCCAACGCCACUGGUCACAACAAGUGCCACCACCACAGAAGCCCCAGGUAGCACGGUGGGCAAGAGCACGGCUCCAGCAACUUCCACAGGCUCUACACCACCUCCCGUUGUCCACACCACCACCGAAAGCACCACCCUUGUUUCAACAACACCAGGAGUAACCACAGGAAAGCCAACAACCACAGAAGCACCAGGCAGCACGGCGGGCAAGAGCACAGCUCCAGCAACCUCCACGGGCUCUACGCUACCUCCCGUUGUAUUCACCACCACCGAAAGCACCACCCUUGUUUCAACAACACCAGGGGUAUCUACAGGAAAGCCAACCACCACCCACUCAACGCCGCUUUCCACCCUCCCUCUCACAACACCAGGCUCAGUCAGCACAGCAGCCGUCUCCACUGGAGUGGUCCCCACUGUGACAGCCACAACACUCCAGUCCACUCCUGUUUCCAAACCUUCCUCAACAAUACCCACCACCGGGACCACUGAACAAACCCCUCCAGGCCUGCUGACCACAACAACCACCCUGGCUCCCCUUGUUACCACUACGCCAGGAAGCACCACUACCGGUUGCCAACCCAAAUGCCAGUGGACCUCUUGGUUCAGUUUUCACACUCCAAGCUCCGACCCCGGGGAUGGCGAUCACGAGGACAUUAAGAGCAUCCAGGCAUCGGGGGGUACCAUCUGCGAGCACCCUGAAAAGGUGGAGUGCAGAGCAGUGGACUACCCAGACCUCAGCGCAUCUGAACUUGGACAGGACAUCCUGUGCGAUACCAACACUGGACUCCUUUGCGAGAAUGCCAAACAGAGAGGGAAGUACAAGAUCUGUUACGACUAUGAGAUGAGAGCACUGUGUUGCGACUACAAGCACUGUGAAACUACGCCAACGCCACUGGUCACAACAAGUGCCACCACCACAGAAGCCCCAGGUAGCACGGUGGGCAAGAGCACGGCUCCAGCAACUUCCACAGGCUCUACACCACCUCCCGUUGUCCACACCACCACCGAAAGCACCACCCUUGUUUCAACAACACCAGGAGUAACCACAGGAAAGCCAACAACCACAGAAGCACCAGGCAGCACGGCGGGCAAGAGCACAGCUCCAGCAACCUCCACGGGCUCUACGCUACCUCCCGUUGUAUUCACCACCACCGAAAGCACCACCCUUGUUUCAACAACACCAGGGGUAUCUACAGGAAAGCCAACCACCACCCACUCAACGCCGCUUUCCACCCUCCCUCUCACAACACCAGGCUCAGUCAGCACAGCAGCCGUCUCCACUGGAGUGGUCCCCACUGUGACAGCCACAACACUCCAGUCCACUCCUGUUUCCAAACCUUCCUCAACAAUACCCACCACCGGGACCACUGAACAAACCCCUCCAGGCCUGCUGACCACAACAACCACCCUGGCUCCCCUUGUUACCACUACGCCAGGAAGCACCACUACCGGUUGCCAACCCAAAUGCCAGUGGACCUCUUGGUUCAGUUUUCACACUCCAAGCUCCGACCCCGGGGAUGGCGAUCACGAGGACAUUAAGAGCAUCCAGGCAUCGGGGGGUACCAUCUGCGAGCACCCUGAAAAGGUGGAGUGCAGAGCAGUGGACUACCCAGACCUCAGCGCAUCUGAACUUGGACAGGACAUCCUGUGCGAUACCAACACUGGACUCCUUUGCGAGAAUGCCAAACAGAGAGGGAAGUACAAGAUCUGUUACGACUAUGAGAUGAGAGCACUGUGUUGCGACUACAAGCACUGUGAAACUACGCCAACGCCACUGGUCACAACAAGUGCCACCACCACAGAAGCCCCAGGUAGCACGGUGGGCAAGAGCACGGCUCCAGCAACUUCCACAGGCUCUACACCACCUCCCGUUGUCCACACCACCACCGAAAGCACCACCCUUGUUUCAACAACACCAGGAGUAACCACAGGAAAGCCAACAACCACAGAAGCACCAGGCAGCACGGCGGGCAAGAGCACAGCUCCAGCAACCUCCACGGGCUCUACGCUACCUCCCGUUGUAUUCACCACCACCGAAAGCACCACCCUUGUUUCAACAACACCAGGGGUAUCUACAGGAAAGCCAACCACCACCCACUCAACGCCGCUUUCCACCCUCCCUCUCACAACACCAGGCUCAGUCAGCACAGCAGCCGUCUCCACUGGAGUGGUCCCCACUGUGACAGCCACAACACUCCAGUCCACUCCUGUUUCCAAACCUUCCUCAACAAUACCCACCACCGGGACCACUGAACAAACCCCUCCAGGCCUGCUGACCACAACAACCACCCUGGCUCCCCUUGUUACCACUACGCCAGGAAGCACCACUACCGGUUGCCAACCCAAAUGCCAGUGGACCUCUUGGUUCAGUUUUCACACUCCAAGCUCCGACCCCGGGGAUGGCGAUCACGAGGACAUUAAGAGCAUCCAGGCAUCGGGGGGUACCAUCUGCGAGCACCCUGAAAAGGUGGAGUGCAGAGCAGUGGACUACCCAGACCUCAGCGCAUCUGAACUUGGACAGGACAUCCUGUGCGAUACCAACACUGGACUCCUUUGCGAGAAUGCCAAACAGAGAGGGAAGUACAAGAUCUGUUACGACUAUGAGAUGAGAGCACUGUGUUGCGACUACAAGCACUGUGAAACUACGCCAACGCCACUGGUCACAACAAGUGCCACCACCACAGAAGCCCCAGGUAGCACGGUGGGCAAGAGCACGGCUCCAGCAACUUCCACAGGCUCUACACCACCUCCCGUUGUCCACACCACCACCGAAAGCACCACCCUUGUUUCAACAACACCAGGAGUAACCACAGGAAAGCCAACAACCACAGAAGCACCAGGCAGCACGGCGGGCAAGAGCACAGCUCCAGCAACCUCCACGGGCUCUACGCUACCUCCCGUUGUAUUCACCACCACCGAAAGCACCACCCUUGUUUCAACAACACCAGGGGUAUCUACAGGAAAGCCAACCACCACCCACUCAACGCCGCUUUCCACCCUCCCUCUCACAACACCAGGCUCAGUCAGCACAGCAGCCGUCUCCACUGGAGUGGUCCCCACUGUGACAGCCACAACACUCCAGUCCACUCCUGUUUCCAAACCUUCCUCAACAAUACCCACCACCGGGACCACUGAACAAACCCCUCCAGGCCUGCUGACCACAACAACCACCCUGGCUCCCCUUGUUACCACUACGCUAGAAAGUACCUCAACUGUGUGCCUCCCAAAGUGUAAUUGGACCUCUUGGUAUGAUUUGCACCGUCCUACCAGCAGUCCAGAUGAUGGCGAUAUUGAGAAUUUUGAGACCAUCCGAAAAGCUGGAGGAAAUGUUUGCAAACAUCCACAAGACAUUGAAUGCAGAGCUGAAAAUCACCCUGAUGUCAGCCUGUAUCUGCUUGGUCAGGAAGUGCAAUGUAACCUCCAUGUUGGACUCUUGUGCGAAAAUUCAAAGCAAACAGAUAAGAUGUGUUAUAACUUCCAGGUUAGAUACCAGUGCUGUGAAUACAAGCCCUGCUAUCCUAGCACAACACCACUGAGCACACCAGCUACCACCACCACAGAAACACCUGGCAGCACAGCUGGCAAAAGUACAACUCCGGCAUCCUCCACGGGUUCUACGCCACCUCCCAUUGUAUUUACCACCACCCAAAGCACCACCCUUGUUUCCACAACUCCAGGAGUAACCACAGGAAAGCCAACAACCACCACCCCUUCAACUCUCAUUUCCACCACCCCUCUCUCAACUCCUGGCUCCGUUAGCACACCUUCCAUCACUUCUGGAGUGGCUUCCACCAUUUCAACCACAUCACUUCCAUCUACCCACGUUACCAAACCUAUGUCGACGAUAUCCACUCCUGGGAUCACUGUAGAAACAGCAACUGUCCCUACCAGAGUGCCAUUUUCCACUAAGCCUUUGGUCGUUGUUACGACAGCAGCAACAAGUACUUCCAUGCCUUCUACAACAGGAACUAGAACAUCCACUUUGAGCAAUACAACUCCAUGUUUCUGUCGUGUGCCCGGAUUUAGUAAGGGCUUGUUUUCUCCUGGGGAAGUAAUAUACAAUAGAACUGAUAGUUCCGGAUGCAGUUUUUAUGCAGUUUGCAACAAAAGCUGUGAAAUUGAGGUGUUCCAGGGACCAUGUCCUUCAACAACUCCUUCCCACCCAUCAACGCCAUCAGUUACAACUGCAGGAACCCCGCCUUCUCUGUCACCCACUAUUGUUGUUCCAUCAACUAAAGUAUACACUACUGCAGCUGUAUCAACCCCCACAACUCCUGUAACAGGUUGCCCUGAUAUUGAUCCACCCAGAAAGACCAAUGAAACUUGGAUGUUUAACAACUGCACUGUGGCAACUUGUGAAGGAAACAACAAAAUAGUUCUGAAGCCGCAACCACCUGUAGAGAAGACAGUAUGUGUCAGUGGACUCCCACCGAUAAAAAUAGUAGAUAAGGAUGGCUGUGUUGAACGCUACGAAUGUGAAUGUAUUUGCACUGGUUGGGACACUAACUAUGUGACAUUUGAUGGCACUCAGUACACUUUCCAUGACAACUGCACUUACAUCUUGGUGAAAGAGAUUGUGAAUAUACAUGGAAACCUCAGUGUUUUGGUUGACAAUUACUUCUGUGAUGUAGCUAGCAAUCAGUCCUGUUCCAGAGCCAUCAUUGUAAAUUACAACUCAAUGGAAGUUGUGCUAAGCAGCGAAGUGCAUGAAGGAGUGAGAAUUAACAAGAUUAUUUUCAACCAUGAGCCAGUCAAUGGAGAUUUCACCAAAUAUGGUAUUUCGGUCACCAGUACUGGUACUGUCAUGAGUGUCGAAAUCCCUGCACUCCAAGCUUUUAUAUCUUUCAACGGGCUCACUUUCUCAGUAAAACUCCCCUUUGGCCUAUUUCAACAUAACACAGAGGGGCAAUGUGGGGUAUGUUCAAAUGACAAGACAGAUGACUGCCGCCUCCCCAACGGCCAUGAAGCUUCCUCUUGCUCAGAAAUGGCCAGCUACUGGAAGACAUACGAUAAAAACAAGCCCUAUUGCUAUGGAGUGCCAACAACAUCACCUCCAACAACAACACCACAUGAGCCAAGAACGACAACACCAGCACCAACACCCUGCACCACUCCAUCUCCUCUGUGCGAGCUGAUUGUGAGCGAUGUCUUUGAAGAAUGCCAUAAGGUUCUGCCUCCCAGAACAUACUAUGAAGACUGCCUCCUUGAAACCUGUCAGUCUUCCAAUGAUUCUGUGCCUUGCUACAAUUUGGAGAUAUAUGCUUCCCUCUGCAUAGCUAAAGGGGUUUGUACUGACUGGAGGAACAUGACGCUAGGAAAAUGCCCAUACCACUGCCCCAAAGACAAGGUUUACAAUGCAUGUGGCCCCAUUCACCCUGUCACCUGUGAUGAUGGACCAACCCAGGAUACAAGUGAGCAUGUUGCUGAAGGGUGCUUCUGCCCAAAGGACAAAAUCCUCUUCAAUACAUACACGGAUAUCUGUGUCAAAACAUGUGGUUGCGUGGGACCAGAUGGAUUGCCCAGACCACCUGGCUCCUCAUGGAAGAGCAACUGUCAAGAGUGUAUUUGUGACCCAUUGACUGAGAGCGUCCAGUGCAAGCCACAGACAUGUGUGUCUUCAGAAGCACCCAAAUGUGAGAAAGAAGGGUUUGUGCCUGUCCCUGUGCUGACAUCAAGAGACCCGUGCUGCCCAGAAAUUCAAUGCAAAUGCAAUACUACUACCUGCUCCAACGAAAAGAAACCUUGUGAACUUGGAUACGAGGCAACCCCAGUCCUGCUUGAAGGAGACUGCUGUGUCAGCUUUCCCUGUACACCGAUCCCAGAUGUCUGUCUUGUCAAUGGAACACUUUACAAGGCUGAAAUGCCUGUUCCUAGCAAGCCUUGUGAAACGUGUGUCUGCAGCUCUGAAAAGGACCCAGACUCCAAUACAAAUCUUGUAAAAUGUCAACCAGUUACAUGUGAUAAGGAUUGCCAAGAGGGUUACGAGUACAAGGUAGAAGCUGGGGAGUGUUGUGGAAAGUGUGUCCAGAAUGCAUGCAUAAUCAACAUGAAUGAAACCACUGAGAUACUACAGCCUGGUGAUAUUUGGCCACCAGGAGGAAAUAACUGCAGCUACUACGAAUGUGAGCAAAUGAAUGAUACAUUCAUUCUGGUCCAAUCUAAAAGGAAAUGUCCCAUCAUUCACCCAGAGGAGUGUGAAUCUCAUGAACUUGAACUGACUCCUGAUGGCUGCUGUGAAACAUGUAAACCUAAAACAAACGACUGCAAGGUUCACAAGAACCAAACUCUUAUACGUCAGAGUGAAUGCAUAUCUUCUGAAGUUGUGGAACUGACCUACUGUGAAGGGGCUUGUCCAAGUUCUUCAAAGUAUUUCAGUGAGGCAAAAGCAAUGCAACACGAGUGUACCUGCUGCCAGGAGCUCAAGAGCCAUAGGAGAAAGGUGACCUUGACAUGCCAGGAUGGCAAAAGCAUUGACUAUGACUACAUCUAUGUGGACGAGUGUCAGUGCAUGACUGCGUGCAUUCCACAAUCCAAAAUUUAGCUAAGGGAAGAGAAGAAGUGGUGAAUUUGCAUUUGUCACAGGAAAAGGAAACCAACAUGUUCCAAAGCAGCUAAAACCAGUCACCAUCUAAAUGCUACUUCAUGUCUCUCACUAUGUCCCUGAAAAGGUCAAUAGUAGCCUUUUUCUUGGUCAGCUGCCUAACCAAAUUAAUGUUCUAUUUCCUGCAUGAUCAUUGUUGGUCAUUUUGGCUAGCUAUUUACAAAAAACAAGUGCAUUUAGAAAAGCCUCAAAGGAUCCCUAUAAAUAUAAUAAAAUGAUGAUAGAAAUGUAUAACAUUGUACUGUAGAAAACUAAACUUCUGCUUCAAAUUCUCUGUGCAAUGCUGUUUAUUUUCGGCAACUAUCUUUUAAAUUACUGAGCAACCUUUGCUACAGAAGUAGUAUUUUGUAUAGCGUCAGCAGGCAUGUGAUUGUGACAAAGAUAAAGCUGCUUUCCUUUUUACCCCUGUUUCUUAAGAUUAAUAAAAAAAUUUAAGCAUGUUUCAACUUUGACAUCU